AUGCAGGCUUGCCUGUAUGGCAACAGCUUCGGCACUGAGGCCGGUGCAGAGGGCUCGGGCUACUACCGGCCGGCCGGGACGCCGCCGGCAGAGGCCGGCGUCAGCCCUGAGGAGGCGGAGGCACAAGCUGCGAAGCAUGACCCGCCCGUCGACUCGAUCCGCCACGUCAUGGGGAAGGUCAACCAGGCUGUUGGGGGCAGCUACGACUUUGAAGAGACCGGUGGCGCCCGCAUCCGCGACAUGGCACACGAGAUUGCCGGCAACGCCUCUGAGCCGCUGGAGAGGGCUGCCAACACGACGGGCGACGGAGUGAUGGGCGUGGUCGGCGCGGCCACGGACACCGCGGCGGGGGCGCGUGACAAGGCCUCUGACAUGGCUACAAGCAUCGCAGGCAGCGCCCGCGGCGCCGCCGAGAAGGUCGCCGGCAGCGCGCGCAGCGCUGCGGAGGGGGCGCGCGAGAUGGGGGCGCGGGCGGCCGAGGGGGUGCGCGACGUGGGAGGCAGGACGUCCGAGGCGGCGCGCGACCUGGGAUCGAAGGCGGCCCAGGGCGCUAGGGACGUGGGUGACAGGGCCGUUGAGGGGGCUGAGGCUGGCUCACACGGCCUGGGCGAGCGCACGCACGCGGAGGGCAGCGAGGGCGGGCAAGGGGGCCGUGGCGGCGGCGGUGCAGACGGUCGCACAGGGACGCCCUGA